UUUACUAUAGAAAAUGAGGUGUCAUUACGACGUCUUGGGAAUACCGAAAGACGCAGACGAUUCUCAAAUUAAAUCUGCUUAUAAAAAAUUAGCACUCAAAUGGCAUCCUGAUAAGAACUUGGGAAAUGCUGAAUAUGCAAAGGAAGAGUUUCAACUCGUGCAGCAGGCGUAUGAAAUAUUGAGUGAUCGACAAGAGAGGGCGUGGUAUGACAACCAUCGCGAACAAAUUUUGCGCGGUUCAAAUUCCGAAUUCAAAGAUAACAGUCUUGAUGUCUUUCAGUAUUUCACAACAACCUGUUUCAAGGGCUACGGGGAUGACCUCAACGGAUUUUACGUUGUUUACAGAAACGUUUUCGAAAAAAUUGCUAAAGAAGACUUAGAAUUUAUGGAAGACAAAGACGAAUUUUGUCAGAUACCAUCAUUCGGGGAUUCUAAGAGCGAUUAUGACGAAGUGGUGGGGCCUUUUUAUGCAUACUGGAUGAGUUAUAGUACAAAAAAGAGUUACGUUUGGCUAGAUCCUUACAACCUCAGUGAUAUUCGAGACCGAAAAAUCUUUAAAAUAGCAGAAAAGAAAAAUAAAAAAAUACGGCAACAAGCCAAAAAAGAACGAAAUGAUGAAAUUAGGAAUUUGGUAGCUUUUGUUAAAAAAAGGGAUAAGCGCGUCCAAGAACAUGCAAAAAAAAUACAAGCUAAAAUAUUAGAAAAUAGGCAAAAAUAUGAGCAAAUCAGCAAGCAAAAAAGAUUAGAGCGCAAAAAAUUACAUGACGAUCAUACUCAAGCAGAAUGGACGAAAUUUGAUAAUGUAAAGUCGGAAUUAGAAGAAAUUGAGCGUCGACUUGCGGAACAAUUCGGAGAACAGUUAUCCGAUUCUGAAGAAGAUCAAGAAGAUAGCGAAGAUGAAAACAGUUUAUAUUGCGUCGCCUGUAAUAAAAUUUUUAAAACUCCAAAAGCACUCCAAAACCAUGAAGCAAGUAAAAAACAUAAAGAAAAUUUACAAAUAUUGCAAGAAACAAUGUUAGAUGAAGAAAAUGAUAUUAGCGAAUCAUCAGAAGAACAAGAAAACGACAUAAGUGAAACAUUAGAGAAAAACCCCCCACAAGAAGUUAUUAAAGGGGAUAAUCAUAGUGAUUAUCUAAUUUCUGAUAAAGAAGGUAUUCAUAAUGCAUCUGAUAGUAGUUUUUCAACUACAGAAACCAAAAAGAAAAGGAAAAACAAAAAGAUGCAUAAAUCUUCUACAAGACAUAUUUUGGUAGAAAAUGAAAACAAGAAUGCUUUCCAGACAUUCGGGAAAACGUUAGAGUCCGUUCUGAAGCCUUCCACGGCCAAAGUGCUGCAGUAG